CCAACGUGUUUGUACUUGCGGAGGCGCCCAUGACUACCUACGCACUGAUAUAGAUAUAUCAGUGUACCUACACUAUCUGUAAUAUCCCUAUACUUAGGAUACCACCUCCCGUAAAAACCCGUCACGACGCGAGUUAAGCUUGUGCCGACGAUAACCUAGAAACGAAUUUGUAUCGUAAAGAAUACUACUACCCUAUCAUUAUUGGUACCACCCCGCUAUGUCGACAAGAUGGUAUCCGAUCUAUCAGAAGGGCAAUCCUCAGCUGAGGAUAUUUCUCCCCAAUUUCUGGAUGAAGCUGGUCGCACCUGAUUUCAGGCAGCCUGAAUCUGUGGUUCAAUUUCAUUGUUCAAUGGAAAUGACAAAGACCGACAUUCAAAACUACUUGACAAAAAUUUAUAAUAUCGAUAUCGUCAAAGUAAGAACAAGAAUUGCCUUGGGUCGAUUUGUAAAGGAACCACAGAGACAAUACAUCAUGAAGUUAGACGACGUCAAAGUUGCCUACGUUACUCUGCCAAAGGACCAAAAAUUCACUUUCCCAGACUUGUUUCCCAAAGACAAGAAGAAUACAACUAUAAAGGAUGGUGAAAAAUCAUUGGAAGACAUGAAAAAUUCAUUUAAGAAUUACUUGGACAGAAACAAGGAGAGACCUGGUAUGCCCAAUUGGUAUACGAUAUAACUAGUCACAAAUUAUUCAUAUUGUAUAUAGAAAUCACAAAUAUUAAAGACACGUUUUCAAUUCA